AUGUCAAAAAGUGUACCUAAUGCCAUCGAUAUUAAAGAUGGUAUAGUUUUAGAAUCAGAUAGAGUUCAAUAUAAAGAAUUAUACGAUGAAUAUAUUUCAACCAAAUCAACACACUGGGAGUUUUCUAUAGUCCCUGGAAUUUUCAAACAAUCCCUUGAAGAAACCGAUGAAGCAGUAUUUGAUACAAUAAUGAGUCAUUUUGGAAUAAUACCUAGUUGGGAUGAAAUAAUAGAUCAUUUACAUAAUUUAAAUCAAGCAAGUGAUGACAAUGUUCAAUACAAAUUAUUGUUUCUUGCUAGACAUGGUCAAGGUUAUCAUAAUGUGAAAUUUGCUGAAGAUCCAGAAGCUUGGCCUAUUAAGUGGAGAGGAAUGAAUACUGAUGGUAGACUUACAUGGGGUCCUGAUCCAGAAUUAACCGAGUUGGGAGUUGAACAAGCAAAAGAUAAUAAUAAAGUUUGGAAACAAGAACUUUUGAACAACAAUCAACGUAAUAAACAAUUAAUCAUGCCAACCAGAUUUUUUCUGUCUCCUAUGAGAAGAUCAGUAACUACAUUGAUUAAUACAUGGAAAGAUAUUGUUGAUUUAAAUGAAGCAAAACCAUUAAUACAAGAACAUUGGAGAGAAACAAUUGGCGUGGCAACUUGUAAUCAACGUCGUUCCAAAAAUGAAAUAGCCAAAGAUUAUGAACCAUUUGGAUUUGAAGUUGAAUCUGAAUUUGUUGAAGAGGAUAUUUAUUGGACACCAGACUAUAGAGAAACAUUAGGAGAACAAGCACUUAGACAAUAUAAAGGUCUUGAACAACUUUUUGAUAAUUAUUCAAAUGAUGAAAUUGUAAAUAUUACAAGUCAUGGAAAUUCCAUUAAAGCUCAAUUAAUGGUUUUUGGUCACAGAGCAUUUUCUAUUGGUACUGGUGGAUUGAUCCCUGUAUUUGUUAAAGGAGUGAAAAAAUAA